AGUUCAUUAUCUCCAAACCGCUCCUCACAGUCUAUUUGGUGGGAUAAUCUCGGCAGAAAUUGUUGAUAUGUAUGGGCAGCGAGUUUGGUACAAGUUUCCCUAUGAAACAUUAUCAGAUUUAAAGGUUUUGUGUGAUGGUGGGUUAAACUUCCAAAAGAUGUGUGAUGCGACACAAUGGGUAGAUACCGUGGAAGUGUAUCUUGAGCAUGAGGACGUUAACAAUGAGGCUGAAGAGAGUGAAUCAGGUCCGCAGGGUGGUCAAUCAGAUCAGGGGAAUGGUGAAUCAGGUCCGCAGGAUGGUGCUGAGUCUGAAAUAGAAAUGAAUAAAGCACGAGAGAAUGUUGAACCAGACCCGCGGGAUGAGCGUGUAGCAGCUAUAGUUGGCGAGUUUGUCGAUGAGGAAGAGUACAAUGAAGCUCAUAGAGAUACACCUCCAGCCUCGGAUGAUGAAGAAGAUGACAUCGGAAAUGGAUAUGAAAGAUGGCGAAGAGGAAGUGGAGAAUUGAAAAUUAUGCAGGUUUUUGAAAGCAUAAGCGAGUUCAAGGAAGCUGUGUUAGAAUAUGCAUUAAUGGGAGGUUGGAAUGUCAAAUACACAAGAUGGGGAGAUGAAAUUUCCGAGGCAAAGUGUGCUGUAGUGGGUGAGGUUCCUUGUACUUGGAGAGUCUAUUGUUCUUAUGAGAAAGCGGUGAAUCUGUACAUGGUGAAGUCAUAUCAAGAAGAGCAUUCUUGUACCAAAGACGGGUAUUGCAAGUUAUUGACUGACUAUGUGAUUGCUAAGCUUCUCAUAAAUGAGAUUAGGCACAACAAUGCAUUGAUGCCAAGGUUCAUACAAGAUAUCAUUCAAGACAGAUACAACCUGACAGUGACACAUGAUAUUGCUAGAAAGGCCCGAAAGAGAGCAUUGGAGAUGAUAAGCAGCGAGUUUGAUGAACAGUUUGCGAGGAUAAAAGACUAUAAAGAGCAUAUCCUAGAGUACGUUUUGUUUUUAACAUUUUUGUUUCAAUUUAACUGUUGAGUUUAGUUCUAAUUUUCUUGCUUCGUUUUGUUUGACAGGACGAACCCGGGAUCUUCGUGUGAUCUUGUAACAACAAUUAGAGAUGAUGGUGUUGAGAUCUUCGACAAGUUCUAUGUCUGUUUUAAGGCUUUGAAGACAAUAUGGCGAGCUUAUUGUCGACCCAUUAUUGGAAUUGAUGGGUGCUUUAUGAAAUCUACUUCAAAAGGACAACUCCUUGCAGCUGUGGGAAGAGAUGCAAACAACCAAAUAUAUCCUGUUGCGUGGGGCAUUGUUCAAGUUGAGGACGCCGACAAUUGGAAGUGGUUCAUUGAAAGGGUGAAGUAUGAUUUAAACCUCCAAAAUGGUCUAGGGUUCACACUUAUCUCUGACAAACAAAAGGUAAGCUUUUUAAUAUUUUUGUUUGAAUUGUUGAAUACACAGACAAUACACUAAUUUUAAAUAUUUUCUUACUGUUUUUUUUUAUUUACAGGGGCUUAUAAAGGCUGUUGAAGAAGAGCUUCCUUACAUAGAGCAUCGUAUGUGUGCUAGACACGUAUACGGAAACGUUAAGAAGCUACAUCCCAACAAGCCUAAGUUUAAAAAACUGUUUUGGGCAGUGGCAAAUAGCUUCAACGAAGGUGAUUAUAAAGCGGCACUUAAAGAGCUUAAAGCAUUCGACUCUCAGAUAUAUGAUGACUUGAUGGCGAGAGAUCCUAGAACCUGCACUCGGGCAUUCUUCAGCACCAUUUCUACUUGCGAAGAUGGACUCAACAAUUUUUCAGAGUCAUACAAUAGCGGUCUGAAGAAAGCUCGUUCUCUGCCUUUAGUGGAAAUGCUUGAGACCAUGAGAAGACAAACAAUGGUUAGAAUUGAGGUGAGGAAGAAGAAAUUGUUGAAGUAUAGGAAGAAGUAUAGCGAAAAGGUUGCAAAGACCAUCAUUGAAGAGGGGGAACAACGGAAAUGGUGUAAGAAAAGGACACCUGGUCCGAAUGGUGUCUCAGAAGUAGAAGAGAAUAGCGUUUCCCACACUGUCAAUAUGGACAGGCGAACAUGUAGCUGCAGAAGAUGGGACCUCACCGGAAUUCCUUGUCGUCAUGCUUUGAAGGUGAUUUUAGAUAAAAAGCUUAAUGCCGAAGAUUUUGUGGCGGAUUGUUACUUGACGACUUUGUGGAAGCAGCAAUAUAGUGAUUCAAUCACUCCGGUGGAAGGAAUGAAGUUUUGGAAGGAAACUCCUGGUUCUCAGAUUGAGCCACCACCAAGACCUGCUGAGAAAGGACGGAAGAAGAAUCCAAAGAAGAGGAUGAAGUCGAUUCAUGAGUCGCCUACUAAAGGCAAGAAAGUGUCUAGACACUUGAAGGUGAUUCAUUGUUAUCGAUGUGGUAUGGCUGGGCAUAACUCUCUACAUUGUAAGCAUGCUGGAGUCCCUAACAAGCCAAGAAAGAUUUAUCCAAGGAAGAAGAAACAGUCCUCACAAGGAGAGUCAAUGUCAUUCGAUCAACGUGAUGCUCCGGGACCAAGUCAGCCAACGCAAACAUCCAACUUGAAUGACUAACUUCAGGUUCUCAUGUAUUUUGAAGAAAGAUGAGUUUGAUGAUGGUUUUUGGUGAAAUUGGUAUGUUUUCAAGUAGGAAGCGGCUUAGUGACGAGAAUGUUGGUUUUUGGUGUUUUAGAUGUUGUCGGUUUGUUUAGUUGUGACUUAAGAUGCUGUUAAGUCAUCUCUUUUCUAAACUUAUUAAUCUCCUUUGUAAAAUUUCGGAUAAAACUUAUGCUAUGAUAAUUUUCUGUUUCAAAACUUAACAGCAUCUAUGAUAAUUUCGGAUAAAACUUAUGCUAUGACAAUCUUGCAACAAACUUCUUAUAUUAUAACAGAAGACAAAUUCCUAAUAGGUUCUCGUUCAUAAUACAAGCCGUAACACCUAGAAAAACCAACAAUCCGAGAUGAAUUUUCUAUCCGAAAAUUGAGAACAUUCAGUCCAAUCUUGCACACAACUACAUAGCAAAAUAGUAAUACACUACCAUCAUUCCAACUCCACAAACAACCAUCUUCUUCAAGUUCUUCAUAUCUUUCUCAUACCCAUCAACCAACUCUUUCAUCUCUUUCAUCUCUUUCCCAAAUCCAGCUAGAGCAUCACCCAAAUCUUCAAUUUUUUUGUCAUAGCUUCUUGUUACAUCUUCACAUCUCUGAGACUGAAGCUCCAAAUGGCUCUUCAUAUCUUCAAUUUCUUCUACAGCAGAUUCAUCAGUCCAUUUAAACAAAUGAUUCUUAUCCUACACAAGAAAAUCGUUCACUAUAGUUAAACCAAACAAAGUCAAUUCGCUUUAUCUUAGAAAAGACACAAGAAACUCAAACAAAGUCUAAUUUUGUACCUCUUCACUCCCAUUAGGACAACCAUGGAAAAGUCUUCCUGGGUUUUUGAUGGUCUUAGAAGUGAAAAUCUUAGCAGCUUCUCCACACUUCUUACAAAAACUCGGAAACCCUCUUUCUUUUUCAACCCUACGGCGACUCAGAUUCGCACUCAUUGCUGCUUAGAUAUAACUCAAUUAAACAUCCACACAAAACUUGAUUCAAGACAAAAUUGAUUGUGUUUACCUGUACCAUACGAAGAAUUAAGGUUAGAUGAGCUAGACAUUAGCGAUUCUCUUCUCUCAAUCUCGUCUUUCUCCCUCGUCUUUCUCAAAGUUUGAUGCUUCCCUUCUGUCGCGACUUCAACGAAGAAAAGGGUUUUAGUUUCUGAAAACACAAAACGGCGUCGUUUUCAAUACCCCAAAACGCCGUCGCUUUCUUUUACCAUUCGAGUCUUAAUCCACGUAAUCACCCUCUUAAUCCACGUAAUAACCCGUUAUAUCCACAUAAGACACCGUUAUAAUUUGACUAACGGCAACACGGUCAAAGUAUGAAUUGGCCUAAAAGUGUAAGUUGAUGUAUGAAAUUUAAAUUUAAAUUUAGUUAAUGUAUGUUUUAGCACAGGUGUUGAGUGCAUGUACUGAUCGGGACCGCGACCCUCUGUUGAUGUAUGAAUUGGCCGCUUUCCCCUUCUUUUUCCUAACAGAAACUUACCUCAUUGCAAGUAAUCUCUCAUACACUUGCUUUCGACUCCUCUAAAUCGUCUUCUGUCAGCACUUCUCUCGAAAUUCUCUUCUCUCAAUCUCGUCUUUCUCAAAGUUUGAUGCUUCCCUUCUGUCGCGACUUCAACGAAGAAAAGGGUUUUAGUUUCUGAAAACACAAAACGGCGUCGUUUUCAAUACCCCAAAACGCCGUCGCUUUCUUUUACCAUUCGAGUCUUAAUCCACGUAAUCACCCUCUUAAUCCACGUAAUAACCCGUUAUAUCCACAUAAGACACCGUUAUAAUUUGACUAACGGCAACACGGUCAAAGUAUGAAUUGGCCUAAAAGUGUAAGUUGAUGUAUGAAAUUUAAAUUUAAAUUUAGUUAAUGUAUGUUUUAGCACAGGUGUUGAGUGCAUGUACUGAUCGGGACCGCGACCCUCUGUUGAUGUAUGAAUUGGCCGCUUUCCCGUGAAACAA